UUCCUGCAAGGUUAUUGCAUUGGCUUGAAAGGUACUUGUAAAUAUUUCAAUUUCUCACAGGAAGCAGAGAUUGAGCAUCGGACACUUGCGCUGAAACGUGAGGGCUUCUGGUCCCUAAAACGUUUAUCUCGUGUGGCUGAGCCACUCCGGACCAAGGUGCACUGGGAUUACCUUUGUGAGGAGAUGCAGUGGCUUUCUGCUGACUUUGCACAAGAGAGGCGUUGGAAAAGAGGCGUGGCCAGAAAAGUGGUACGGAUGGUGAUGCGGCAUCACGAGGAGCUACGGCAGAAAGAGGAGAGAGCAAAGCGUGAAGAGCAUGCCAAACUGAGGAGGAUUGCUACUUCCAUUGCAAAGGAAGUCCGUGCUUUUUGGAGUAAUGUUGAAAAGGUUGUGCAGUACAAGCAGCAAUCUCGGCUUGAAGAGAAACGUAAGAAGGCCCUGGAUCUGCAACUGGACUUCAUUGUUGGCCAGACAGAGCGCUACUCUGACCUGCUUAGUCAGUCCUUGCAAGCCACGCCUGCAGUCCCUACCAAUGUUCCUUCUCGACACAGUCAGCUUAAUGGACCCGAGGAAGAUGAUAUUGACUUUGAGCCCCCAUGCGAGGAGGAAGAUGAUGAAGAGACAAUUGAGGUAGAGGAGCAGCAAGAAGGGAAUGAUGCAGAGUCUCAGAGAAAGGAGAUCGAGUUAUUGAAGCAGGAGAGCACACUGCCAUUGGACCAGCUACUCAAUACACUCACUGUCCCCCAGGGCUCUGCAUCUGAGGAGGAAGCGUCAGAUGAUUCUUCCUCUACAGUUGAAGAUGAGGACAAAGAAUUUUCAGCUAAUGAGGAAGAUGCGGAGGAUGUGGAGGAUACCAUUGAAGCGCAGGAGGUAAUUGAGGGAGAUGGAGACCAUGCAGAGGAACUUGAUGACUUGGCGAGAGAAGGAGAGUUGAGUAUGGAAGAGCUGCUAGAGAAGUAUAAAGGGGCAUAUGCCUCUGACAUUGAAGAACCUUUAGCAUCACCAGAGUCCUCAGAGGGAUCAGAGGGAAGUGAAGAUGAAGAAGAGGAAGAGACUGAGGGAGAUGAAAGUGAUGAUGCCUCCUCAGAUUCAGCAGAAAACAGUGAUGAAGAGGAGGAUGCUGAAGCUGAGGAAAGUGAUGAGGAGGAUGAAGAUGAUGGAGGAGAGGGGAUGGCAGUUUUACUCAGGGAGGGAGAUCAUAGCCCCUCUGUCCCCACAUCUCCACGUCCCAAAAAAGAGAUCAGCCAUAUAGCUGCUACUGCUGAAAGUCUUCAGCCUAAAGGAUAUACCCUGGCCACAACAAAUGUGAAAACGCCUAUUCCGUUCUUACUUCAUGGCAACUUGCGUGAGUACCAGCACAUUGGACUAGACUGGUUGGUCACCAUGUAUGAAAAGAAGCUGAAUGGUAUCCUGGCAGAUGAGAUGGGACUUGGGAAAACUAUUCAGACUAUUGCCCUGUUGGCACAUUUGGCUUGUGAAAAAGGUAACUGGGGCCCUCACCUAAUCAUUGUGCCCACCAGUGUAAUGCUGAACUGGGAGAUGGAGCUGAAACGUUGGUGCCCUGGCUUUAAAAUUCUCACUUACUAUGGCAGCCAGAAAGAACGCAAACUUAAGAGACAGGGGUGGACCAAACCCAAUGCUUUCCAUGUGUGCAUCACUUCCUAUAAGCUGGUUUUGCAAGACCAUCAGGCAUUCAGACGCAAGUCCUGGAAAUACCUCAUUCUGGAUGAGGCACAAAACAUCAAAAACUUCAAGUCCCAGCGUUGGCAAAGUUUACUAAACUUCAACAGUCACCGGCGGCUACUGCUUACUGGUACUCCACUGCAGAACAGUCUGAUGGAGCUGUGGUCACUCAUGCACUUUCUCAUGCCGCAUGUCUUCCAGUCCCACCGUGAGUUCAAGGAGUGGUUCUCCAACCCAUUAACUGGGAUGAUUGAAGGCAGCCAAGAAUAUAAUGAGGGUCUGGUGAAACGGCUGCACAAAGUGCUAAGGCCAUUCUUGCUCCGGCGUAUCAAAGCAGAUGUUGAGAAACAAAUGCCAAAGAAAUACGAGCAUGUCGUGCGCUGUCGCCUCUCCAAAAGACAGCGUUUUCUCUAUGAUGACUUCAUGGCACAGGCCUCAACGAAAGAAACACUAGCCAGUGGACACUUCAUGUCUGUAAUAAACAUCUUGAUGCAGCUACGUAAAGUGUGCAACCACCCUAACCUGUUUGACCCACGGCCAAUCCAGUCUCCCUUUAUCACAGAGACUAUAACCUUUACCACUGCUUCCCUGGUUUUGAAGGCCUUAGACAUGUCCCCUUUCCAGCGCUGUGACCUCUCUAUGUUUGACCUGGUCCAUCUGGAAAGCCACGUCUCACGGUACCAAGCAGAUGUUUACCUUCCUCAAAGGAAAGUAACACGCCAGUUGAUCCAGGAGAUCAUGGAGUCCCCUGAUCCACCCCCCAGACCAAAACCUAUUCGUAUGAAGGUCAACAGGAUGUUUCAGCCACUCCCCAAGUCUGAUGGGUGUUCAGCAACAGCAUCGAAUAACUCGCAGCCCACACGUCCAGUUUCUCCUGCAGUCCAGCCUCCACGACCACCUCUGAUUACAGAGGUCACUCAUACUCAGGCUCCUGUACAGCCGACACCUCAAGUGACCCCUGUCACUCCUGUUGCUGCUCCGCAAGUUCCUGCGUGUCAAAGUGUUACCUCCAUGUCGUCUGCGAACCCAGUUAUGAAUAUUCGGCAUGCAUCACCUUCCACUGCGCCAACAGUGUCCGUCGCCCCUCAACCCUCCAGCAAUGUCAUGACACAAAGGGUGCUUCUCAGUCCUGAUAUGCAGGCCAGAUUACCGUCUGGAGAGGUGGUGAGUAUUGCCCAGCUGGCCUCCUUGGCUGGUCGUCCAGUGUCAUCCAGUCAGGGCAGUAAACCCGUCACAUUUCAGCUGCAGGGUAACAAACUCACCCUUUCUGGUGCUCCGCUCCAAGUACCCGUUGCCCAGCCAAGGUCCAUCCAAGGAAAUGUAAUGCAUCUGGUAUCCAGCGGUGGGCAGCACCACCUUAUUAGUCAGCCAGCUCAGGUUGCAGUUCUCCAUACACUUAGUCAGUCAGGUAGCAUCUCAGCAAAUCCCAACCCAACCAGCACAAUCCCAACCUGCUCUGGACUAGCGGUACCCCUCACUACUGCUCAAGUUCCAUCACCCCGGGUAAGCGGACCAGGAAUUGUCAAGAUUGUUGUUCGCCAAGCAGCAGGCAAAGAAGGUGGUCAGGUCCCCACUUUGGCUGUGCCCCCAUCUCCUCGUGUUGCCCCUCCUCAGUCAGUUUUGUUGCAUCCACAUGGGACCCCAAACUCUGCUCUUAGACCACCUACUCCUCAACAGCCUUCCCAGCGACUUCCUGUUCACCCUACUCCCCCUCAAGCUCCUACCUCAAGCCCUGGCCAACCUCCACCUUCGCGUUCUGUGCUUACACUAGUGGAGGGAACAUCCCCAAGCACAGGGUUAGCGAAGGCAAAUGCUUCGAUCGGGGUUGAAGAGAGCAGUAGUGAUGUUCUUACUCUUAAACCUAUGCCUUCAUCUCAAAGCCGUGCAUUUGGAUUUCAGUGUCCCCGAAUCCAGCCUCCACCUCCACCACGAACCCCAUUUUACGUGUCAUGGCUUGCAGAUCGUCAUAAGGCCCAGAGAGAUGACCGGAUCUCUCAAAUCUUUCGAAUCAAUGAAUUGCACUGCAAUGCAAAACCUGUGUUUGGUCAAGAGGUUCUGGAUUUUCUCACCUUCCUCCCAGGCCCAAGCCCCAGACCGGCUCAAUCCAUCCUUAAUAGGUGGAGCCACAUGGGAUAUAGUUCUUGUCUCAUUGCUCAAUCCCAGCAUAAGACCAGCUACUUAGACCAGAGCAAAACUCUGCGAGAAGCCAUUUACAGCUCUGAGGAAAGGCUACACCUGAUGUCUGAGGUUAUCGACAGGUUCACAUUUGCCAUCCCUCCAGUGGAGGCCAAGCCGAUUACCAUGCACUGCUGCCAUCCACCUCCUUCCUUUAAUUACCAGCAGUCCCUUUUUUCCUCCACACUGUCUGCUCUUCUUUCUCCCCUCAUGCGUAUGCUGCACCGCAUUUACUGCAAUAUGCGUACACACUUCCCUGACUUGCGACUUAUUCAGUAUGACUGUGGGAAGCUACAGACUCUCCAUCUUCUGCUGCGGAAACUGAAGUCUGAAGGUCACAGAGUGCUCAUAUUUACUCAGAUGACCCGCAUGCUGGAUGUACUGGAGCAAUUCCUCAAUUACCAUGGGCACAUUUACUUACGGUUGGAUGGCAGCACACGAGUGGAACAGAGGCAGGCCCUGAUGGAACGUUUUAAUGCAGACCGUCGAAUCUUCUGUUUCAUCUUGUCCACCCGGAGUGGUGGUGUGGGAGUAAAUCUGACGGGGGCUGAUACAGUGGUCUUCUACGAUAGUGACUGGAACCCCACCAUGGAUGCUCAGGCUCAGGACCGCUGCCACCGUAUUGGACAAACCAGAGAUGUUCAUAUUUAUAGACUGAUCAGUGAACGAACCGUGGAGGAAAACAUUUUGAAAAAAGCCAACCAGAAGAGAAUGUUGGGAGAUAUGGCAAUUGAAGGGGGUAACUUCACAACUGCCUUUUUCAAACAGCAAACUAUCCGAGAAUUGUUUGAUGUGUAUGAGGGGGAAAAGAAGGAAGCCGAAUCAAGUGUACCUCCAUCAGAUGAUGAGGAAGCUGUAAAUAAACAACAAACUACUAUUCUGGAGCAGGCUUUGUGUCGUGCUGAGGAUGAAGAAGACAUAGUAGCAGCUUCCCAAGCCAAAGCAGAGCAGGUGGCUGAGUUAGCAGAAUUUAAUGAAAAUAUUCCUCUGGAUGAUGGUGAGACCAGGGACCAAGAAGAGGAGGAACUUUCCAAAGCUGAGCAAGAAAUUGCUGCUCUGGUAGAACAGCUCACUCCCAUAGAGCGAUAUGCCAUGAAUUUUCUGGAGGCAUCUCUUGAGGAUAUUUGCAAAGAAGAAUUAAAGCAGGCUGAGGAGCAAGUUGAAGCUGCAAGAAAAGGAUUAGAUCAGGCAAAGGAGGAGGGUCUAAAACUACAUCAGUCAUCUGAUAAUGAUGAUGACUACUCCAUGCCUCACACACCUGAGGAACAUCCUCCAGCUCGUCGCACACGCAGACACCGAGAGAAAGGUGCCCCCUCUACAAGGGUUAGUGGCAGGCUUAGAGGAACACCAGCUAAAAUGGAUCUGUCUAAAACACCUCCAUCCCCAGACAGAGAGAGGGGAAGGAGAGGGGAAACAAGUUUGAACCGUGCCCAUGGGCCUAGUUCCAGUGAGAAGUCCUCCCAGCCCAGAGAAUUGCCUGAAAGACUCCGUAGUGGUAUGCGAGGUAGAGCAGUAAACGAAGAUGUCGCCUCCUCAACAUCCACCACUGGAGGACCUCUGAAACUCCAAAUUGAUCAGCAGCUGUCUGAUCCUGAAAGACCCAGAGUACCACACCACUAUCAGGAGCCCCUUUCUCCAGUACCUUCAAAUGAAGCCUCUUCAUCAGUGGACCAAAACUGCAGUGGACAUACUUCAACACUAACAACAAUAUUCAGAGAUACAGGGGAUGAGUAUGGAGCAGAGACCAACACCCCACAACAGAUAAGAGAGAGGAGGGCAUCUGUAUCUUCAGAAUCUAUUUGCUCUCCAGAACAUCAGUCAGAGCAGGAUGGCCAGCAUUCACUCUUUCCUUCACUGGCAUCUCCACAUUCUCGUUCACCACGUAAGCGCCAGUCUGCUGAUGAAGAGGUCCUGAAGGGCCUUCCAGAAGAUUCUCCAUCUGCAAAAGUCCUUAGAAAGCUUCCUGGUCGCCUUGUCACUGUGGUUGAAGAUAAGGAACCAAAGCGAAGGAAAAGGGGAGAAAGUGGGAGUGGAGGAGUGCAUACUGAAGGUUCCUCUGAAGAGACAGAGCAGGCUGAGUCCUCACAAGAUGUAGUUCCCCUUUCACCAAGCCAAUCUCUUAAUGAUAAGUCUCUUCCGAAAUCACCUUUAAUGUCCUCUCCCGAGACACAGCAAAGACAGGAGCAGACCUCCCCUUCAUCACUCGCAAAUCCAGGGAGAGGCUACCACCCUUACUCCCCUACACACCAUUCACCUGACAUGCCCGUCCUUCGGAACUUACCAGUGCGCCGGCGUUUGGAGACGGAAUCUCGUAUGGCUGCUCAAUUAGAACAGUUCCUAGGUAGAGGCAGAGGGCUUGAUCGACGUACUCCCUUGUCACCAAAGAAACAGGAGCCUAUUUUAUCUAAGGAUGAUGGUACCACCCCUAAUGUUGCAUCAGAUGCUAAUGCAACCUAUUUCUUACCAGGGAAGCGCAAAAGGGGUCGACCUCCCAAAAUGUUACCUAAGCCACUAGAAACCCCAGAACAGGAUAUCCUUGUGGCACAGAAAUCUAUAAGUGAAGAACAAAGUCCACCUCAGUCACCAAAGCGAAAGAGGGGACGGCCUCGCAAAGAUUCCACCACAAAUUCAGUAGACGGUGGGAAACCUGAAAAAGAAGCAAGCUGUCCUACAGGCCUGUCAUCCAUUUCACAGGAAAACCUUUUGGCUAUAAACCUUAACUCGCAUAGUUCCACUUUUGGGCCUUUAAUUGUGCCCUCUGUUCCUGAGUGCCCAACAAUAAACUUUGAUGGUGUGUCUGAAUCGUUUAAAACUGUAGACUCUCCCCAAUCUCCUAAAGCAAACACUCAAACCACCCAAUGCAAUACACCCCCACCUCAAACACCUUGUGAAUCUCAGAUUAAGCAAACAUCCACUCCAGAACAGUCAUCUGAUCACACAAUUUUGAAGGCCACAGUGCCGAACUCUGAGUCUCCAGACAUUUCCCUUACAGCUCAAGAUACUGAGACAGAAAAUCCCUGUCAGACCAACACAAAACCUUCCUCACUACAGCCUGCUACCACUCCAAGUGACAGUUUUGAUGGCUCUGCUCCUAGCCCUGCCAAAGAGUGUAUAAUUUCAUGUACAUCCUCAGUUUGUCAGAGCAGACAAGUAUCCCUUACCGUAUCCUCACAGCUCUCAUCUGUGUCAGACAAAGGUGUUGCUGCAGAGAUAUCUGUGAAAUCUAAUCAGUGUACAGCUCAUCCCAAAGUCUCAACUACAUCUACUGAAUUGCUGGCACACCCAGUGCUUGAAAGCAGCACAAGUGCAAGUCCUCUACUAACCUCUGUUAGUGCCACAUCAACUACAUUUGCCCAGACAUGUGAGUUAUCUGAACCUACUGUGAAAACUGAUCAACCAUUGUCAAUUCCUGACUUGACUCCGCCUUCUUUUCAACCUGAAAUACCACUGGAAACUACGUUUAAUCUGAACCAGACACACACUGCUCUCUGUCAACCUAAGCCUGAACUAACACAAACAGCUUCUACACAUUUAAGCCAAAUACCUGUAGCCACUCUAUCUUCUCCCGAGUCACUUGAAAUAGCAUCUGACUCUCAAUCACAUGCUUCUAGGCAGAUAACUACACAUACGUCUGCACCUGCUGAAGAACAGAGAACUGAGAAUCAACAUGACCUUAGUGUGUCAGUGGAAGAUAGCUUAAUUGAAUCUACAGAAGAAAUGGAAACUGACAUCUCUGGAAAGCCUGAGAAAGCAGACAGCGAAUGCAGCCAGUCUCAGGCAAAAAAGAGGAAGUUGGAAAAUUUACCAGAGGAUCAGACAGCGAUGCAAAGCACUGCUGCGAGUGAUGUGGCUGAUACACCACUAGAAAUGGAGAGUCAGACAAAGGAGCAAGAUGGCAAAAGUACAGGCAAGAAAAAAAUGAUUUGUCGACAAAGCAGUCAGGAAUCUGUUCGCUCCUCCUCUCCAUCUUCUGUUUCUUCCAGUGGUACUCUCUCUUCUCAGUCAAAAAAGUCUACAGAGAGCAGUAUGCCAGCAAAGAGAAAGCGAAUGGAAAGGGAGUCAGAAAAAGAUGGCACAGACAGAGGGUCUGAUAAAGAGCAAGUGAAAUCUGAGAGUCAGGGUUCCAACUCCACUUCCUCCGAUUCAGAAGACUCCACUGGUCAAGAAAGACGUCUUACUCGUUCCUCACACAAACGUUUGGAGGAGGAGACCAUGAGUGACAAAGGUGAUAAGAACAGUAAUGGGCGAAGGAGGUCUGAUAAGAAAGCAACCAAAGAAGUGGAGUCCACUGCAGCAACACCUGCGAGGGUAACCCGUAAAUCCACAGGCACCCAACCUAUUUCAAAACUGACUUCUCCAGUCUCAUCCGAGCCAGAAGUAUUAGGCAAACGCUGCUCAGCACUCAAUGCCGCUGCUAAGCUUUUGGCUAUGAGAGGAAAGGGACCAGAUCCACCAAUUUCCAGUUCCAAACUCAAGUCUACACAAGGACAGCAACCCACUUCUGAAAAAAUCUGCAAGUCUAAAGGCAAACAAGACCAGGACUCCCCUAAGACAAAUUCAGUUGUUAAUAAGGCAGAGAGUAGUCGACAAACCCCAACUCGUUUAACAGAUUCCCCACAGUCCACCGCUGGAACAGCUCACGCUGCCUCCCGCUCUACUCGGCAGCGACCCGGCAAUCUUGUGCCCCCUUUGGAAACUGAAGCCAAGAGAGCCAAAAAAGAAGAAAAGAAAAAGACUUCAGAUCAAAAGGAGGACAUAGAGGAAGAAAACAGAGAGACGAGGUCUUCGAGAGGGCACAGUGCUUGCAGUAGUGUAAGCAGUGAAAGAGGGGCAGGGAGCAGCAGGAGCCGGAGCAGCAGCAACAGCAGCCAGUGCACCCGCAGCCUGAGCUCACGGAGCACUGGUCCACCACACUCACACUCGAGGGCUCCUUCCUCGGGUAGUGACACUGAGAAAGGGAAAGGCAGGCAGAAGAAAACUGGAGAGAACCGAGGCCGUGAAAGCAGAAGAGAGAGGCAUUCAAAAAAUCAUGAGAAGCCAGAGCCCAAUGCUGGAUCAUGUGAGGGAACUCCUGACAGGGUGCUGAGGAGUGUUGCUGCGCUGGCAGCAGCUCAGGCUCGCACUCCAGCUAGCAACACCCGUUCCUCCUCCAGUCAGCAACGGCACUCCAAAACUUGAUUUAGGACAAGGGAGAUAAUGACUGAGAACUGCAGUAAUGAGAGGAAGGGUUUUACGGGUUUUAAAGAACGGGGAUCAAACUUGCCAUUCUUUAACACCGUCUGUGAGAUGUCAAAUUGAGUCUAUUGCACUUUGCAAUAAGAACUAAACUUGGGUGCAUUCUAUUAAGCCAUCUUGAGUGUGAAGAUGCAGGACAGAUGGGGAGAAAGUUAUUCAUUAAAAAAUGGCAUUGGUAUGGUCUUGGUAAUAAGAUCAAAAGGACUGUACCGAACUAUACCACAAGGACUUUGGAUAGCUGGGCAAGGGGCAAGAAUUGUUUAGUUCACACUAUGUACUGUAAUCAUGUAAAGACUGGAAUACUAAAAGAAGUAUCUGUUAAGAUGGGUCAUGUGUACCCUUUAUACAGAGUUUACUUGUGCUGCAACGGUGAUUGCAUAAAGUAAUUUAUGCUACAUUUGAAAGAUUGAGUGUUAAAACAUUUUUAAGCAGUUGGGCUAUGACAGUGUUUGCCUAGCUGUUGACUAUUGUUUGUUUCAAGUCAGUUGAUAAAUUAAGAAUAUUCUGUGGUUUCUUCCAGGGUAUGAAGAGAGCCGGUCUGUAAAUGUGAUUUUGCUGCACUAUGCUGGAGUUGGUCUCUACUCAGACCUCUUUGUCUUGUGUAAUUUUUUCCCCCUAUCAGUUACUAUUAGUUUAAGUUCAGCCUGCAUUUCUCCAUUUGCACAUUUUGUGUAAUACCCCACGAGAGUUUUUUUUUUUUUAAAUAAACCAUCGCUUUGUCAAGUUAAUUACUGGUACCUCACACUAUGUAUAUCUGUGAGCUUGUGGAAAAUAUUCAAAUCUGCUUAUCCUUUCUGGCAAUAUGGAGAUGAAAUGCAACGUCAUUUUUUUUUUCACCUUUCCCAAAGUAUUAGUGGUCGACUUUCUAUUAAACUUUGUUGUCGAACAUUCUCAAGUUAGCGUGACAAAGUGGGAGUGCCUGUUGAUCCGUAUAGGACUGGAUCCCUGUAUGCCUUGUUAAGAAAACAAAUUUGGUCUUCAAAAAAUUUUUAGUGUUUAAAGUGUAAUAAAGAAAUUUUCCAUCCAGAACCACAGAAGGUGCAUCUGUGUUAAAGUCCAACCAAACUGAAAACACCUCUUUAGUGUAAAUUGCUGUUUUUUUAUUCAUCCUUUUUAUGAAAAACUAAGAAGAAAUUAUCCUGCAUAAACCUUUUUGAUUUUUUUUUCCUCCUUCAGCAGAACCUUGACAGCUGCUGUCCUUAUCCCAUUUUGGGGUAAACACUUGUUUUGGGGAAUGGGUAGAAUGUGGUGAUAGUCUUAUUUUUAUUUGGUCUCUGAAUUUGUUACAUUCCUUUUGUUCCCAUGUAAUUCCACAUUGUUUUACUUGAAAGAUUGAAACAACAAAAGUCAGUUGAAUAAAAAGACUACAAACA